AUGUUCAGCACUAUCAAGAACCUUGUCGUGUCCGAGAAGAUCCCGGCGGCCAUCACGGCCAAGUCGUUUUACGAUCUCAAGGCUACCUUGCCAGGCAAGGACCGCGUCAUUGAAUUUUCCAAGUACAAGGGUGACGUUGUGCUCAUCGUCAACACAGCCUCCAAGUGCGGCUUCACGCCCCAGUACACUGGCCUCGAGAAGCUUUACUCGACGUACAAGGACCAGGGCUUUGAGGUGAUCGGCUUCCCCUCCAACGAGUUCCUUUCCCAGGAACCCGGAACCGACGACGAGAUUGCCCAGUUCUGCCAGGUCAACCACGGCGUCACUUUCCCCCUGGCCAAGAAGUCCGAGGUCAACGGCGCCAACAUGAACGAGGUGUUUGCAUGGCUCAAGAGCCAGCCAGAGUCCCACGCCCUCGGGUCCUCGGCGAUCAAGUGGAACUUUACAAAGUUCCUCGUCGACCGUAAUGGCAAGGUCGCGCGGCGUUUCUCGCCCUCGACGACGCCCGAACACAUGAAGGGAGACAUUGAGAAGCUCCUUGCAGAGCCCCGGCCCGCGGCGCUUUAA